CGGCGGCUGGGCUUUGGCCCCGCGGCGAAGGGGACGCGCGCCGCGCUGCAUCCGCAAAAGUAAACGGCACUGCUGUUCAGGCGAUCCUGAGGAAGACAUUGGCUGAACCCCCAGAAGCCCAGCACAGCUGGUUCUCCAGGAGCCCAGAUCAAAGAUGGAAGAGCGAGGCACAGCUGACCUAGGAGCAGGGAAAGGUGCCGAUGUUGUCAAGGCUGGGGGCAGCAAAGCUUUCUGGGAAAGGACCAUGCAGAAGAUCCAGAAUGAGGCCACGUCCAGCUCAGAAGAUCACCACGACUGCUUCACGUCCUUCUGCUACCAGGAGGCCGAGGGGCCCCGAGGUAUCUGCAACCGACUCCAUGACAUCUGCCAUCAGUGGCUCAAACCCGAACAGCACACGAAACUCCAAAUUCUGGACCUGAUUGUCCUGGAGAAAUUCCUGACCAUCCUUCCCGUGGGGAUGAAGAACUGGGUGAGAGAAUGUGGGCCGGAGACCAGCUCUCAGGCUGUGGCGCUAGCGGAACGUUUCCUCCGGAGUCGGGCAGAGGACAAGCAACAGCAGCAGCCACCGGUGGGCAUGUUUAUUGAAGUCGCCACUCAGUGUCCUGAGACUGGGCAGGAUUCAGUGGACGCCAAACAUGGGCUAGAGUCUGAACUGGUCAUGCAAGGAGCUCACGGCGAUACCAUCACCUCACUGGGUGGUGGACAGAGGAGGCAGGCAAAAUCGACCAGCUUGCAUGACGGGCUGUUAACAGAUUCUGUCCAAGCAAAUCAGGUAACCUUUGUGGAUGUGACUGUGCAUUUCUCGGAGGCAGAAUGGGCUUUGCUGGACCUGGACCAAAAAGCUCUGCAUGGACAAGUCAUGGAAGAAGCUUUCGAUAUGGUGGCCUCCUUGGGAAAUGAUGCUUAUGACAGCAAGAUUGAAGGAGCACUACGCAGGGUCACGUUUGAAGGAACUCUGUUCAAAUGUGAAGAAGUGGAGAGGACAGUAACUGAAACAAAAGAAAACAGAAGGGACACAUUCUCGGCUUCUCAGGGUAGUGACACCUGUGAAAACUCAGGAGAAGGAGGACUUAAAGGAAAGGAAAUGUGUAAGGGUCUUUUGGAUGGGAGUGAAUCCAGUGAUAAAUCAGAUCUUAAUUUUAAUAGGAGAACUAGCACAGGGGGGAAACGGUUCAAAUGCUCUGAGUGUGCUAAGACAUUCAGUUUUCAAAAAUACCUUACUUCCCAUCAAAGGAUUCACACAGGGAAAAAACAAUUUAAAUGUUCGGAGUGUGGAAAGAACUUCCUUUCUAGGAAAUCCCUUACUUCCCAUGAAGGAAUUCAUACAGGAGAGGAAGCAUUUAAAUCCUUGGUGCGUGAGAAACGGCUUAAAAGGAGAGAGACAGCUGUCUCGCCUAAAAUAAUCCACAUAGGGAAGAAACCUUAUAAAUGCUUAGAGUGUGGAAAGAGCUUCAACAGAAACACAACCCUCAUGUACCAUCGAAGGAUGCACACACGGGAGAAGCCAUUUCUGCAUUUGGAAUCCGGAACGAGCUUUAGUAGGAAUUCGCACCUUAUAACACACCGAAAAAAUCAGAUGCAGGAGAAACCAUUUAAAUGCUUAGAGUGCGGAAAGGGUUUCAGUCAGCUAGCAUACUUAACGUCUCAUCAAGGAACUCACACAAAGAAGAACUCAUUUAAAUGCUUGGAAUGUGAGAAGAGUUUCAGGACACGUGCAAACCUUAUGUACCACCGGAGAAUCCACACCGGGGGGAAACCAUAUAAAUGUUGGGAAUGUGGAAAGAGCUUCGGUACAGACUCAGGCCUUCUGUACCAUCAAAGGAGCCACACAGGAGAGAAACCUUUUAAAUGCUCAGACUGUGGGAAGAGUUUCAAUAGAAGGACAACCCUCACAGAACAUCGGAGAAUCCACACAGGAGAGUAUCAGUGCUUGGAGUGUGGGAAAAGUUUAACUCAGAAGAAAUAUCUCACUUCUCACCAAAGAAUUCACAAACGGGAGAAGCCGUUGAAAGUUUUGGAAUCUGGAACCAGCAUCACAUGGAACUCUGACCUUGUGGCGCACCGAAAAAGUCGCACCCAGGAGAAACCAUUUAAGUGCUUAGAGUGUGGGAAGAGUUUCAGCCAGUUGGCAUACCUAACUUCUCACCAAGGAAGUCACACUGAGAAGAAUCUGUUUAAAUGCUCAGAAUGUGAGAAGAGUUUCAGUGCUCAUGCAAACCUUAUGUACCAUCGGAGAAUCCACACUGGGGGGAAACCAUAUGAAUGCUGGGAAUGUGGAAAGAGCUUCGGUACAGACUCAGGCCUUCUGUACCAUCAAAGGAGCCACACAGGAGAGAAACCUUUUAAAUGCCUGGACUGUGGAAAAAGUUUCAACAGAAAGACUACCCUCACGGACCACAGAAGGAUUCACACAGGGGAGUAUCAAUGCUUGGACUGUGGGAAAAGUUUCACCCGGAAGAAAUAUCUCACUUCUCACCGAAGAAUUCAUGUACAGGAGAAGCCAUUUAAAGAUUUGGAAAGUGGAACAAGCUUCAGUUGGGACUCACAACUCAUGGCACACCCAAAAAAUCACACCCCAGAGAAACCGUUUCAGUGCUUAGAUUGUGGAAACAGUUUCAGUCAGAUAGCGUACCUAACUUCUCAUCAGGAAUCACACACGGGGGAGAACCCAUUUAAAUGCUUGGAAUGUGAAAAAAGUUUCAGUACACUCGCAAGCCUCAUGUACCAUCGAAGGAUCCACACCGGGGGGAAACCAUAUAAAUGCUGGGAAUGUGGAAAGAGCUUCAGUACAUACUCAGGCCUGGUGUACCAUCAGAGAAGCCACACGGGGGAGAAACCAUUUAAAUGCCUGGACUGUGGAAAGAGUUUCAAUAGAAGCACAACCCUCACAGACCAUAAAAGAAUCCACACAGGGGAGAAACCUUAUAAGUGCUUGGAGUGUGGGAAAAGUUUCACUCGGAAGACGUAUCUCACUUCUCACCAAAGAAUACACACAGGGGAGAAACCAUUUACAUGCCUGGAGUGUGGGAAAACAUUCAACCAGAAGACACAUCUUACUUCUCACCAAAAAAGUCACACAGGGGAAAAGCCCUUUAAGUGCAAACAUUGUAGAAAGAGCUUCAGUACGAGCAAAGACCUUGCUGACCAUCAAAGAAUCCACACAGGGGAGAAACCAUUUAAAUGCUUGGUGUGUGGGAAGCAUUUCAGCCGGAGCUCAAACCUUAUGGAACACCAAAGAAUUCACACAGGGGAGAAACCCUUUGAAUGCUUGCAGUGUGGGAAAUAUUUCCGCCUGAGGUCACACCUUAUGGACCACCAAAGAAUUCACACAGGAGUGAAACCUUUUAAAUGUUUGGAGUGUGGAAAGAGCUUUACGAUAAAGACAAGACUCACGUACCAUCAGAGAAUUCACACAGGAGUGAAACCAUUUCAGUGCUUGGAUUGCGGGAAGUAUUUCCGUCAGCGCUCACACCUUAUGGAACACCAAAGAAUCCACACAGGGGAGAAGCCAUUUAAAUGCCUGGAGUGUGGAAAGAGCUUCAGCUGGAGCUCGGUCCUGAUGGACCACCAAAGGAUUCACACAGGGGAGAAACCCUUUGAAUGCUUGGAGUGUGGGAAGUAUUUCCGCCAGAGCUCCCACCUGAUGGAACACAAAAGGAUCCACACCGGAGAGAAGCCAUUUCAGUGCCUGGAAUGUGGGAAGAGCUUUAGUACAAAGAGAAGACUCAUGUACCAUCAGAGGAUCCACACAGGGGAGAAACCCUUUAAAUGCCUGGAGUGUGGCAAUAGCAUCAGCAUAAGGAGUAGUCACUUGUGUCAUCAGCGAACCCACACAGGGGAGAAGCCAUUUCAGUGCUUAGAAUGUGGGAAAAAGAUUAACUCUGACUCAGAUCUUAUAAUUCAUCAUGGAAUCCACACAGGAGAAAGACCAUAUGAAUGUCCUGACUGUGGCAAAAGAUUCAGCCGGGGCUCAGACCGUAAUCGUCAUCAGAGAAUCCACACUCAAGAAAAGCUAUACAAAUGCCUGGUGUGUGGGAAGUGCUUCCUUUAUAGCUCAGACCUCAUCAUUCAUCAGAGAAUCCACACUGGAGAGAGACCUUAUGAAUGCUUGGACUGUGGGAAAAGGUUCAGUUGCAGUUCAGAUCGUAAUCGUCAUCAAAGAAUCCACACUGGGGAGAAACCAUACAUAUGCUUGGACUGUGGGAAAAGGUUCAGCCAGAAGGUUCACCUUAACAGGCAUCGUCGUAUUCAUAUGGGGGAAAAAACGUAUACAUGCAGAAAGUGUGGGAAAAGUUUCAGCAACAGCUCCAAUCUCAUUGCUCAUAAGAGAAUACAUACAGGGGAGAAACCUCACAAAUGCCUGAACUGCGGGAAGAGCUUUGGUAAGAAAUCAACCCUCAUUGCCCAUGAAAGAAUACACACAGAGGAGAAACCCUAUAAAUGCUCAGUCUGUGGGAGGAGCUUCAGCCAGACGUCAAGCCUUAUUGCCCAUGAGAGAAUCCACACAGAGGAGAAACCCUAUGAAUGUUCUGAGUGUAGAAGGAGCUUUAGCUUGAAAUCGAGCCUUGUUGCCCAUGAAAGAAUCCACACAGGAGAGAAGCCUUUCAAGUGUUCAGACUGUGGGAAAAGCUUCAGCCAGAAAUCUGCCCUUAUUGCGCAUGUGAGGACUCACAAAGGGGAAAAGCCCUUUACCUGCUCAGUGUGUGGGAAAAGCUUCAGUCAGAGCUCUAACCUUAUUGCCCAUGAAAGAAUUCACACCGGGGAGAAACCAUAUCAGUGUGCAAACUGUGGGAGAAGUUUCAACUGCAGUUCAAGUCUCAUCAGACACCAGAGGAUCCACACAGAGGACAAACCCUAUGAAUGUUUAGACUGUGGAAAAAGUUUCAGCUGCAGUUCCAGCCUUAUUAGACAUCAGAGGACGCACACUGGAGAGAAGCCCUACAAAUGCAAGGAUUGUGGCAAAACCUUCAGUGUGAGCUCUCAGCUUAGUGUGCAUCAGAGAACCCAUACAGGAGAGAAGCCGUAUGAAUGUUCCGACUGUGGGAAAAGCUUUAGUGUGCGAUCGAGCCUUAGUGCACAUGAGAAAAUCCAUACUGGUAAGAAACCUUAUCAAUGUACAGAUUGUCCCAAAAGUGUCUACUUGAGAUCCAGUCUCAAUGCACACAAGAGGAUACAUGGAGGAGAAAAGCCAUAUGAUUGCACAGACUGUGGGAAGACCUUUACUUGCAGCUCAAGUCUUAUUCGACAUCAGAGAAUUCAUACAGGAGAGAAACCCUAUAACUGUGCAGACUGUGGGAAAAGUUUUAUCUUGAGCUCCAACCUCAUUGCCCACCAGAGGACUCAUACAGGAGAGAAGCCAUACCAGUGCCCAGAUUGUGGCAAGUUCUUCAGUGUGAGUUCACAGCUCAAUGUCCACCAGAGAACCCACACAGGAGAGAAGCCAUAUGAAUGCUCAGAUUGUGGGAAGAGCUUCACUUGUAGUUCUGGCCUUAUUAGGCAUCAGAGAACCCACACAGGAGAAAAACCCUAUCAGUGCUCUGAAUGUGGGAAAAGGUUCAACCUGAGUUCAAAUCUUAUUGCGCACCAGAAAACUCACACAGGAGAGAAACCAUAUAAAUGUGUGUACUGUGGGGAAAGUUUCUAUACAAGACCAAAUUUUGUUGAGCAUCAUAAAGCCAGUCAUACAGAUGCUGUAAAGAGGAAAACCCAGGGCAGCAAUGUUAAUCACGACCCCCAGGCUGUUAAUUACCAAAUAAACUAUAUAGAAUGGGAUUGAUAAUAAUGAGCACAAUUCACUAGGAAUUGCUAUGGCACAAGCCCUGUUGAACUUAAUGGGAACUGCUGUGCAGUUUCAGCAGAUCGUAUUCUGAACUUUCAGUUUCGGAGCUCACAAGUCCAUUUUGUGGAUGAGUGC